AGAAAAAGAAAAUCUGGAUAUUUAAUAAAGCUCACUGCUUAGUAGGCACGUAAACAUUACACGCGUCGAACAGCUGGACACGUGUCAGCUUCCCUGAAACCCCAACAACUUCUAUAUAAACCCACCAUGCAAACCAAACCAACACUCACUCAUUAUCUCCAACAACUUUUCAAAUCGAAGAAAAAAUCAAUUUUCCUUAGCUCAGAAAAACCAGUCAAAAAGUUUAAUUCUUUUCCAAGCAGAAAAAAAUGUCGUCCGAGCAGAAAAGCUACCGCGCCGGUGAAGCCAAGGGCCAAGCCCAGGAGAAAACAGGGCAAGCAAUGGACACGAUGAAGGACAAGGCUCAGGGAGCAAAGGACAAGGCUUCGGAAGCCGCCGACGCGGCGAAGGGGCACAGCCGUGAAGCCAAGGAGCAGACUGGUGGAUACAUGGGAGCCGCCAAGGAGAAGGCUAGCGGCGCGGCUCAAGCCACGAAGGAGAAGGCUUCGGAAAUGGCUGAGUCUGGGAAGGAGACGGCUCAAGCCGGGAAAGAGAAGACCGGCGGGAUAAUGCAGAAGACCGGCGAGCAGGUGAAGGGGAUGGCUCAGGGGGCGGCCGAUGCGGUCAAGCACACCUUUGGGAUGGCUGACGUGGACGAGGACGAGACUCGUGUCAAGAGGGACUAUUAGUUGGACAAGAUGAAAAUGGAGGGGCUCUUUUGUAAUUUCACUUUUUCUUUUCUUUUUUCGUUUGUAAGAAAACAAGAAACUCCAUUCCUUAGAACUUGUUUUGCUACUUCUAAGGGAGGUGGGAGUUCGCUUUUCAGUUUCAGUUUCGUUCAAUAAUGUUUUGUUUCAGUUA